AUGACACAGACAAAAGUGCAUGAAGAACACCAAUAUCUGGAUCUCGUCCGCGAGAUUCUAGAAACAGGAGAGCAUCGACCAGACCGCACCGGUACCGGCACACUCUCCAUCUUCGCCCCGCGACCGCUUAAGUUCUCACUCAACCACAAUGGCACGCCGGUUCUGCCGCUUCUGACGACCAAGCGCGUCUUCACGCGCGCCGUGGUGGCGGAGCUGCUGUGGUUCGUGGCGGGCAGCACCUCGUCGCUGCCGCUGAGCGCGGCCGGCGUCAAGAUCUGGGACGGCAACGGAUCGCGCGAGUUCCUCGACGGCGCGGGGCUGGGCCAUCGCGCGGUCGGCGACCUCGGCCCCGUGUACGGCUUCCAGUGGCGCCACUUUGGCGCCGCCUACGUCGACGCCGAGACUGACUACGCUGGCCAGGGCGUCGACCAGCUCGCCGACGUCGUCGACAAGCUGCGCAACAAGCCGUACGACCGCCGCAUCAUCCUGUCCGCGUGGAACCCGGCGGACCUCAAGCUCAUGGCGCUGCCGCCGUGCCACAUGUUUGCGCAGUUUUACGUGUCGUUCCCGCGUGGCGGUGGUGGCGGGGAGGAGGAAGGGGGCGAGGUCAAGGGGCACCUGCACUGUCAGCUGUACCAGCGGUCGUGCGACAUGGGCCUCGGCGUGCCGUUCAACAUUGCGAGCUACGCGCUGCUGACGCACAUGCUCGCGCACGUGUGCGACCUGGUCCCCGGGUCGCUGACGCACGUCAUGGGCGACACGCACGUCUACAUGGACCACGUCGAGGCGCUCAAGGUGCAGCUCGAGCGCGAGCCGCGAGAGUUUCCGACGCUUGAGAUUGCGCGCGAAAAGGGCGGUAGCAUCGACGGUUGGAAGGUCGAGGACUUUGUCGUCCAGGGCUACGACCCCCACAAGACGAUUGCGAUGAAGAUGUCCGUCUAG